AUGAUAUUUAGCUCGGAUCAUCGCAUUUUUAUAGCAUUUUUCCUUUUUGGACUCCUUAAUAACAUUCUUUAUGUAGUAAUCUUAUCUGCGGCAAUUGAUCUUGUGGGGUCACUGACUCCCAAGGCCAUUGUGUUAUUGGCAGAUGUUCUGCCCUCAUUCUUGGUUAAGUUGACGGCCCCAUUCUUCAUACACCUUAUUCCAUACCAUUUUAGGGUGUGGUCAUUGGUUGGGAUGUCAACCUUGGGGAUGCUUAUAGUCAGUUUGGCGCCCUUCAUUAGCUGGAAGAUUGGUGGUAUAAUAUUAGCCUCUGUGUCAUCUGGUUUGGGUGAAUUGACAUUUUUGCAAUUGACUCAUUAUUACAAGGAAACCACUUCAAUUUCUGGAUUUUCUUCAGGAACAGGAGGUGCUGGGUUAGCUGGGAGCUUCAUAUUUAUGGUGUUGACCAAUUUAUUGGGAUUGAACGUACAGACCACGUUACUUUUGUUUUCAGUAGUUCCCUUUGCCUUUUUAUUUGGGUACUACGUUUUGUUGCCUCUGCCGAUUAUAGGUGGGUACGCACGAAUUGGCGAUGAGGAAUUGACUUUACAUCUGGCCAAUCCCGAUGUGAAUGUAGAUGUGAAUCUGGAAGUGCGUCCGGUUGUUGAACAUAGCGAAGUGUAUGUUCCUUCAGAAGAUUUGGCCUUGAAACUCAAAGCUCACAUAUUACAUACCAUUUCGGAAAUAAAGCCACUUCUCGUGCCUUAUAUGAUACCCUUGUGCUCGGUGUAUAUAUCUGAAUACGUUAUAAAUCAAGGUAUCUCGCCAACUUUACUCUUUCCAUUAGAUGAUCUCCCUCACUGGUUGUUCCUGAGUUACAGAGAUAUCUAUGUCGUGUACGGGUUUCUCUACCAACUUGGAGUUUUCAUUUCCAGAUCUUCAAUUCAUUACAUACGAUUAAAGAAUUUGUACUGGCUCUCAAUUCUUCAAUUUAUCAACGUUAUCAUAACGAUAAUUCAGUCCACCAGUUUCACAUUCCCCUUCAGUAACAUAUGGCUCCUUUUGGUGUUAAUUUUCUACGAAGGUUUAUUAGGUGGUUUCCUGUAUGUCAACACCUUUAUGUCGGUAAGCGAAGAGGUGCCUAAGCUGAAACGUGAAUUCUCCAUGGGUUGCGUUGGAAUUAGUGACAGUUUUGGUGUCGUAGUGGCCGGGUGUCUCAACUGGUGGUUGGAAGGAAAGUUGUGUGAGUACCAAGUAGGAAAGGGAAGGAAUUGGUGUAGAACAGGUUAG